AGAUUUUAUCAAGAUAUGAAAUCAAAAUAUCUCAAAAUUAUGAAGGAGAAGAAACUAAGCUCAGGUUCUCUUGGAAGUGCAGAUAUAGCAAAACCAAAACAGGUAACUGUAACACAUCCAGGAACAAAUAAAGCAAAACCCACCUCAAAAAAGAAAGGUUCUAUCCAAGCAGAUUUGGAUAUAGCCAAAGAAUUUAAUCGCUGUAAAGAAGAAAGUUCCAAAAGAUUGGAUUUGAGCAAAUCAAGUAUUACCAUACUUCCAUCUUCAGUGAGAGAAUUAACCCAUUUAGUAGAAUUUUAUUUGUAUGGAAAUAAAUUGGCAACACUACCUCCAGAAAUUGGUUGUUUAGUUAAUUUACAAACAUUGGCAUUAAGUGAAAAUUGUUUGACAAGCUUACCAGAUACACUUGCUAAUUUAAAUCAGUUGAAAGUUCUUGAUCUAAGGCAUAAUAAAUUAAAUGAGAUUCCUGAUGUUGUCUAUAAACUGACAUCAUUAACAACUCUCUUUUUGAGGUUUAAUAGAAUUCGUGUUGUAGACGAUGACAUAUCUAGAUUAUCGAAUUUAACAAUGCUAAGUUUGAGGGAAAAUAAAAUCAGAGAACUUCCAGCUGGUAUUGGAAAACUUACUCAACUUAUCACAUUUGAUGCUUCAAAUAAUCAGUUGAAGGACUUACCUCCAGAAAUUGGAAAUUGUGUGCAGUUGCUAGCAUUAGAUGUCCAACAUAAUGAAUUAGUAGAUAUUCCAGAGAGCAUAGGUAAUUUAAAGGCAUUAACAAGACUAGGUCUAAGGUAUAAUCAAAUGACGACAGUUCCUAAAUCUCUCAGUAAUUGUGUCAAUAUGACAGAAUUUAAUGUAGAAAGCAAUGCUAUUUCUCAGCUUCCUGAAGGAUUAUUAUCUAGUUUGUGCAAUCUUACUAGUCUAACAUUAUCAAGAAAUGCAUUUACAUCCUAUCCUGUUGGUGGACCUUCACAGUUUUGUAAUGUCUAUUCAAUUAACAUGGAGCACAACCAGAUCAACAAAAUACCAUUUGGAAUAUUUUCCCGUGCCAGAAAUUUGACUAAAUUGAAUAUGAAAGAUAACCAGUUAACUUCAUUGCCUCUUGAUAUUGGUACCUGGACAAAUAUGGUAGAAUUACAUUUAGGCACCAAUCAAUUAAGUAAAAUUCAUGAUGACAUUCAAUAUUUAAGUUCACUUGAAGUGCUGAUUCUCAGCAACAACUUGCUCAAACGUUUACCGACUACAAUUGGUAAUUUACGUAAAUUAAGAGUUUUAGAUUUGGAAGAGAACAAACUUGAGAGUUUGCCUAAUGAAAUAGGAUUCCUUCAUGAGCUGAAAAAACUUAUUAUUCAGAGUAAUCAGCUGACAAGUUUACCAAGAGCAAUUGGUCUUUUAUCAAAAUUAACCUACUUAAGUGCUGGUGAAAAUAAUCUUAGCCAUAUACCAGAUGAAAUAGGUAGUCUUGAAAGUCUUGAAUCACUCUACCUCAAUGACAAUCCAAACUUGCAUAGUUUGCCUUUUGAAUUGGCAUUAUGUAACAAUUUGCAGAUUAUGAGCAUUGAGAAUUGUCCAUUAUCUCAAAUACCUCCAGAAAUAGUUAAUGGAGGACCUUCUUUAGUAAUACAAUACUUAAAAAUGAAGGGACCUUAUCGUUCAAUGUGAAAUUACAGUAUUAUUUAGGCACAAGUUCUAUUCAUGGUUGUCAAGCUGUAUAUUGCUUGAAGAUUAGAAAAAUAAAAAACAUGACGACUCAACCACAGAAAAAACAUUUUUAUGACCAUCUUUGGUCCAAAACUCCACAAGCGAUAAUUCAAAUGUUUGCUAGACAGAGUGCCCUGCUGUGGAAACAUAAAAGAUGGAACGAACAUGUGGUUGUUAACCUUUUAAAUCCAGUCUUUUGUGCAAUGUUCUUCAAUCUAUGGAAAAAAAUAUAUAUAUGGAAAAAUAUUUAAAAAAAUGAUGUCAUGAUUAAAAAAACAAGCUACCAAUAUUUGAUAAAUUUCAGAAUUUAUUCCUGCAGACUAUUUAU